AUGGAUAAGGCUUGGAUUGAAUGUAGUAGAACAUCACCUGAGUAUGAUAAAGGGGUCAAAGAUUUCAUGAAUUUUGCUGUUGAAAAUGUCAUGGAUGCUAGCGUCAUUAGAUGUCCAUGUUAUGAAUGUAGGAAUCUAGCCUUUCUCCCUACUAAGAAAGUAACCGAACAUCUAUUUUGGAAAGGUUUUGAUGUGGCUUAUAAAACCUGGACGUGGCAUGUGGAAGAUAUUCAUACCACACCAUCUUGUAAUGUAGAUUUUCCGUUUGAGUCUAUGGACUACAACGAUGGUAACACAGGGGAUAUGGUGAAUGAUGCUUACAAAAAUUGUUAUGGAGAUCCUAAGGCAUUUAAGGAACUACUAGAACAGGCUCAGAAACCUUUGUACCCAGGAUGUACAAAAUUCACUAAGUUAGGCACUUUGGUGAAGUUGUUCAAUAUCAAGGGUAAAUUUGGAUGGUUUGAUAAUAGUUUUACCGAACUACUGAGUUUUCUGAUAGAAUUGUUGCCUAAAAACAGUGAAAUUCCAGAAUCCAUGUAUGAGGCAAAGAAAACAAUGUCCGCUUUGGGCUUAGAAUAUGUGAAAAUACAUGCUUGCCCAAAUGAUUGCAUACUCUACCGAAAAGAGUAUGAACGGCUUUCUGAAUGUCCUACUUGUGGUUUAUCUAGAUGGAAGAAAAAGGAUGGUAGAGUUGACCAAUAUAGGAAUGGUGUACCUAUGAAGGUCUUAUGGUACUUCCCACCCAUUCCUAGAUUUAGGCGUGUGUUUCAUUCAUCUCAAACUGCGAAGGACUUGACUUGGCAUGCAAAUGUGAGGGCCAUUGAUGGUAAGCUCCGACAUCUGGCUGAUUCACCAUCAUGGAAGCUAGUUGAUGAGAAAUGGCCUACAUUUACAUCGGAUCCUAGAAAUCUUCAUCUUGCCCUUUCAGCUAAUGGAAUCAAUCCACAUAGCUCUCUUAGUAGUACAUAUAGUUGUUGUCCAGUUCUUCUUAUAACAUACAAUCUUCCGCCAUGGUUGUGUAUGAAACGGAAAUUUAUGAUGUUGUCCCGAUUGAUUUCUGGUCCUCAACAACCGGGCAAUGACAUUGAUGUGUACUUGGCUCCUUUGAUAGAAGAUUUACAAAUUUUGUGGGAUGUUGGGGUAGAUGCUUAUGAUGCCAACAAAAAGGAAUUCUUUAAUUUAAGAGCUGUGUUACUAUGGACUAUAAUUGACUUUCCAGCAUACGGGAAUUCAGCGGGUUACACCGUUAAAGGGUACAAUGCCUGUCCAUAUUGUAGUGUAAACACACCCAAAUGUAGACCGAAACAUAGUAGAAAAAAUGCAUAUAUGGGUCAUCGUCAGUGGCUUCCUUCUAAUCAUGAAUUCAGAUGCCAAGCGAAAGCCUUUGACAACACAAUAGAGCAUGACCAAGCUCCGAAAUCGUUGAACGGUGAGGAGAUUUUACAGCUAGUUGAGUCUAUUGAACAUGAAUGGGGAAAGAGCAAGACUAAAAAACGUAAAAGGAUCAACAAUGAUGAACGUGUCUGGUGA